CCUGGGCCUUAGGCCAGUCUGUAGGGGUCCCUGACAUGGGCACUGUCAGCAAAGGGCCACACAGGGAGCAAAACCUCCUAGCCAGCACCCCCCCCACAGCCCGUCAACCUCUGACCACGGACCCUUGACGCUCUGUUGGAGACUGGGGUUUGGGUUUGGGGGCAUCUUUCUUGCAAACCCCACCGGCAGGCUGUGUGGGACCCAGGGCCAUCUCCUCCUCCACGGGAGGGGCCCAGCGGGCCCAGCACAAAGACUCCCAAGGGCACGGAGGGGGAGGGAGUGGCUGCAGGUGGCCGGGCCCCUCAGCUAGUCUCCUUCCCACCUCCUCCCGCCUUCCGGGCCCGGACAGGGUGGAGCUGAAGCCCUAUAAAUACAGGAGGCCUGGUGGCCGCACAGAAGACUGCAGCCCAGGCAGCACCAGAGGGUGGCUCCGGCCCCUCGGAGGGUCAGGCUCCCAGCAUGGCCCGCUCUGCCUGGGCUGUCUGCUGCCUCCUGGGGCACCUCCUGCUCUGCCUCUGCAGGGGCAGCCCUGGCCCCAGCGUGCCCCGCCUGAGACUCUCCUACCAAGACCUCCUGACCACCAACCGCUCCUCGCUCUUCCUGGGCCCCCGAGGCUCGCUGGACCUGCGGGCCAUGUACCUGGACGAGUACCGGGACCGCCUCUUCCUGGGGGGCCGCGAUGCCCUCUACUCUCUGCGGCUGGACCAGGCAUGGCCAGACCCUCGGGAGGUUCUGUGGCCGCCGCAGCCUGGACAGAGGGAAGAGUGUGUCCGCAAGGGAAGGGACCCCUUGACGGACUGUGCCAACUUUGUGCGGGUGCUGAAGCCCCACAACCGCACCCACCUGCUGGCCUGCGGCACCGGGGCCUUCCAGCCCGUCUGCACCCUCAUCGCCGUUGGGCACCGUGGGGAGCACAUCCUCCGCCUGGAGCCUGACACUGUGCAAGGUGGGCGGGGCCGGUGCCCACACGAGCCCAGCAGGGCCUUCGCCAGCACCUUCGUAGACGGCGAGCUGUACACGGGCCUGGUUGCCGACUUCCUGGGUCGAGAGGCCAUGAUCUUCCGCAGUGGGGGUGCCCGGCCGGCCCUGCGCUCAGGCUCCGACCUCCUGCACGAGCCCCAGUUUGUGGCGGCAGCCAGGGUCCCCGAUGGCUCGGACCGGGCGGACGACAAAGUCUACUUCUUCUUCUCGGAGACGGAGCCCUCACCGGACGGCGGGUUGGGCCGCGUCACCGUCAGCCGCGUGGGCCGGGUCUGCGUGAACGACGCGGGUGGGCAGCGGGUGCUGGUCAACAAGUGGAGCACCUUCCUCAAGGCCAGGCUGGUGUGCUCCGUGCCGGGCCUCGGGGGCGCCGAGACCCACUUCCACCAGCUGGAGGAUGUGUUCCUGCUCUGGCCCAAGUCGGGGAGGGGCCCCGAGGUGUACGCUCUGUUCAGCACGGUCAGCGCUGUCUUCCAGGGCUCCGCCGUCUGUGUGUACCGCAUGGCUGACAUCUGGGAGGUCUUCAACGGGCCCUUUGCACACCGAGACAGUCCCCAGCACCCAUGGGGGCCCUACUUGGGAAAGGUGCCCUUUCCCCGUCCGGGCGUGUGCCCCAGCAAGGUGACAGCGCAGCCGGGCCGGCCGUCUGGCAGCACCAAGGACUACCCGGACGAUGUGCUGCAGUUCGCCAGGGCCCACCCACUCAUGUUCCAGCCCGUGAGGCCCCGGCACGGCCGCCCCCUCCUCGUCAAGACCCACCUGGCCCAGCAGCUGCGCCAGGUGGUGGUGGACCGCGUGGACGCAGAGGAUGGGGCCUACGACGUCAUCUUCCUGGGCACUGACUCCGGCUCUGUGCUCAAGGUCAUCGCCCUGCACUCAGAGGGCGUGGCCCAGCCCGAGGAGGUGGUGCUGGAGGAGCUGCAGGUGUUCAAGGUGCCAACACCCAUCAUUGAGAUGCAGCUCUCCGUCAAGAGGCAAAUGCUGUACGUGGGCUCACCGCUGGGCGUGGCCCAGCUGCGGCUGCACCAGUGCCAGACCUACGGCAGUGCCUGUGCCGAGUGCUGCCUGGCCCGGGACCCCUACUGCGCCUGGGAUGGCACCUCCUGCACCCGCUACCGGCCUGGCACCAGCACCGGCAAACGCCGGUUCCGCAGGCAGGACAUUCGGCAUGGCAACCCUGCCCUUCAGUGCCUGGGCCAGGGCCCAGAGGGGGAGGCUGCGGGGGCCCCGGCGACCUCCAAGGUCUAUGGCACCGAGCACAACAGCACCUUCCUGGAGUGCCGGCCCAAGUCCCCCCAGGCCACCGUGCGCUGGCUCCUGCAGAGGCCAGGGGCCCAGGAGCCCGACCAGGUGAAGACGGACGUGCGCAUCCUGCAGACGGAGCAGGGGCUGCUGUUCCGCCGGCUCAGCCGCUUCGAUGCGGGCACCUACUGGUGCACCACCCAGGAGCACGGCUUCACCCAGACUGUGCUCCGCCUGGCCCUGGAGGUGAUCCCGGCCGCAGCCCUGCACAGCCUGCUCCCUCGGGAGUCCAAGCCGGAGAGGCCCCCAGUGUGGGGCCGCGGGCCCGCCGCCACCCCAUCCCGAGCCUGGUACAAGGACAUCCUGCAGCUUAUCGGCUUUGCCAACCUGCCUCGGGUGGACGAGUACUGUGAGCGUGUGUGGUGCCCGGGCGGCGGGGGACAGCGCUCAGGUGGCCCCCGGAGCCGGGGCAAGGCGGGCAAGGCCAAGAGCUGGGCGGGGCUGGACCUGGGUAAGAAGGCCCAGAGCUGGGCACAGGUGGAGCGCAACCGGACGCCCCGGGAGGUGGAGGCCACGUAGAGGGGCCAGG